AAUGACAAAUAGUGACAUGGUAUGUGGCCCACAAAAGAAAUCGGCAAUUCCCAAAAAUAAAUGUCCCAUGUGUAGCUUGUCAACCAUAUGGAAUUUGAGAAGUUUAGCGAUGAAUCUUUAAUGUGGUAAGUCAUUAAAAAACUAUGAUUGUUACUCUUUAAUAUAAGAAACAAUAUUUUCUAAAUUAUUCUCCAAAAAAAAAACCCGUUAAACAUCAGACUUUUAAGGGCAAAAAACCCCGUUCAUUUGUAUGUUAAAACAAAUGCCUCAAACAAAUAAAAGAUGUAAUCCGUGACAAGGUGAAAAGUAGGCUAUAUAAAAUGAAGCACGCGCUAUGUUUACUAUAUUAGAUAGAUGAUAUAUCUAGAUAGACAGAGAGACAAUGUAGACAUUUUAAAUAUUACUCUAAAUAAUAAUAUUAAGGAUAUAGAUAUGUUAAAAGCUAUAUAUUGACACAUAAGGGGGUGCGUUCAAACCACGUGAAGGCAACAGUAGAAUAAGAUUACUGUGGCACAGGCAAUGCCAAUUUCUUUGGAGACUAGGGCUCAAGUAUUAAUACGUGAAAACAUAAUACCUAACACAUUUGGUAAACGAUAUUACCAAUGCUUAUUUUAAAGUUUAACUUCACCGUGGGAGUGAUGACUACUGCAGUUUUAGGACUAGAUGCUUCAAUAGUCUACAGAUAUUAAAAUCAACAUUGAAAAAGUAUCGAAAAGUUAUUUUAUUUUCAUAGAGCUCCCCUACAGUAAUACAAUAUAUGACAUCGUAUGGACCUUGCAUUUAUGUUAGACGUGAGUGAAAGUAAUCCUGACAAAGCCGGGUAUAUCAGCUAAUAUAUAUAUAUAUAUAUUUAUUUAUUUAUUUAUAUAUAUACAAAUACCCAUUCGUUCAUGUUGGAUUGUAACACACCACCAACUAAAUUCUCCGCUUAUAACUUUUUGAUAAAACCAGAUGUAUACCCAUAGCUUUAGCCAUAUAUAUCAUACAAAUAUAUAAUUCUCUUUAUAAAAAUUUCACUAAAGCUACCAUAUUGCGCUGAUUUCAAUAAUUAAAAUUCACGGUAAUUGCGCUAAAUGAGAGUCUUAAAAAUACUGGAGCUGCGUUUGGUACAAAAUAUUUUCCCUUUUUUAUGCUAAUAGUCGCUUUAAUAAAAGUGAUCCCCAAAGGGGGGGGGGGCAUCAGAUUAUUAAAUAAUUCAGAGGAGAUGGCGUGGAGGGUUUUGGGCAACUUUAUUUGGGAAUUUUUUGAACGGCGUUACUUGAAUGCUUGUGUAGUCAAGCUACUUUUGUAGUUGGGAAGUUACGCAAUGCAUACACUAUUGGUUCAGCUAAGUUACACUGAGGAUUGUUUGCAAGAGUCUUUAAAAAAAUUAUUUAUUUCUGGGAGCUCUUGUCAUUUAUGCAAAUUUGCAAUGAAGGUAAAUGCAUAAAUUGCUCCAUAAUUAUGUACUUAUUUCAGAAAUUAAAAAAAAAAUCGCUGAACCAGACCAUGAAGCAAAUUUUGUUCCUUUUGGCUUUCAUAAAUGGCUUUGGUGAGUAAAGAAAUUAUAUAUAGAAGAUACAUAUUUGGAGCCAUAAUUUACAUAAGUUUGAAUUAGAUCUAAAAUUGUUAGUUAAACCAAAGUAAUUUUGUAAAUUAUUCUAUAAUUUCAGAAACUGAAAGAAAAACAACAACAUUUUUUUUGUGCUAACAUUCAAAUUUUUAGUUGGUACGAUGAUAUAUGGUCAGAUUAAGAAAUUUUAAAUCUGGGUAGAGUCAACAUUGGGAGACAUAACUUAUGCCCUGUCCAUUGAUAGCUAUAAUAAAGUAGGCCAGGUCCUGGUAAUUCCUUGUCCAAAGAUAGCGUUAGUUCAUUGUAGUUGGCCUGGUCCAUAGAUAGUGAUGGUUCAUGGCAGUAGGCCCAGACACGUUUUGAAAAUAAACCAGAGACCGAUUCCAGAAUUAUUUAUUUGAACAUGUAGUUUCAUGCUGUUCGGACCCGAAUCGUAAGGCUUAAAUGGUGGUCUCAGGAUCGGGGCCGGUCUGGCCCCGAUCCUGAGACCACCAUUUUGGGGCACCCCGAAUGUAAAGUAUUCACUAUUUAGAUCGCGUACAAUAAUAAAGAAGGCGAAAAAAAAUCAUGGGUUAAAAACCUUCCAAUGUUUCAAAUCAAUUUUAGAUUGCUUCUUUGGCCAUUUUGUCCUUUUCCUUAUAUAAAGGUUUUUGUGCCUUUUACGCCAGAACUCAUUUGACGCACUUGUACAGAAGUAUAGAUAAAUUUAAUGCAUUUUUGACGGUAAGAGCCAUUACGUUACAGCGGCAACUUCAAAAAAGAAAUUAUAUCGUUAACUAAAGAAGAAGUUUUAAUAAAUUAAAUAGUUUAACAAUAGUUAAAAUCCAUAAUAUAUAUAUAAAAAUAUAUAUAUACUUCGUAAAAACGUAUUCCUGUGAAAUAAAGUCAUUAUUAUUUGCAAAAAACUAGUGUUUGGUGAAUGUGUAGAGUGUAUACUACAUUUGAAAGGGUGAUAAGGGAAAGAUUGCAAUCAGGUUAGUAAAAUACGUAAUAAGUAACAUAAAGUAUGGUUAAACCUGACAAAGGAUCGCAACAUAAAAACGAACGUUUUGGCAUGAAGCCUUCGUCAGCGAACAAAAAACAGAAUAAAUUGUAUAAAAAAUAUAGCAUUUAACUGAGUCGUAGUGUCCGACAGGGCAUCAAAAGAAUUGUGUAUACUACAUUUAACCCAGAAGAACGCAUAUCUGCAAUGUAAACAGAUCAGCUAAAAGCUAUGUGUAAUUAUUUAUUGAAAUUAAUCUCUUAAAAUUUUAACGAUUAAUCGAAUAAGAAAAUUUAAUCAGUACCAAUCAUAGUUAAAAGUAAAUAGAAAAGAUUUGUAUCAACUCAACAAAAUCUAAAAAGAUUAGGUUACGGCAAUAAAAAGUUGAAAUAGUUGUAAUUUUGUUUAGAUCAAAAUGUGAUUUUAACAUAAACACGAGAGACUAACUGUUAGAUUAAUUCCGAUAAAUUAAAAGGAAUUCAUUUAAACCGCAUUGAAUUUAUUUAGAAGUAAUCAUGACAUAUUUUUUUUUACUUAGGGCAUGAAAAAACAUUCACCUGGCAAAGUAUCGAGUUCUGAGAAGUACGACUAGUUUGGUCGUCGAAUUUCAAGUGUUGAUACGUUGGUUUUUUUUUGUUUUUGUUUUUUGUUUUUUUUUUUGUUUUAUCUUUCUAGAUAAAAGAAAAUAGCGUUAUAUUCAUAUGUUUGUAAUCUGACUUCUUGACUCAAUCUUAAAGCCAUUGGUCAACAGCUUGUCCUUGGACAAUUAUCUAACAGAUAGCAGUACCAGGGAAAUAAGUGACAGCUGAGUGUCUGUUGUGAGAAACAGAAAAAUGUUUGGUAUGUUUAUAUCAACAACGUUAACAAACAGAAACUAGGAACCAGAGGCGUAGGAAGGGGGAGCAUGGGGCGGCCUCGGACCCGUAAAGCACUUAUUUAAUUACCAUGGAUGGGCUGCGUUUGCGGCUAAAUGCUAAUUCUUUUCUUGGAAUAAGCUGAUUAGAUUUCCAGCUCUUGAAAAUUUAUUGCGAUGGCAACCGAUGCAGCUCAAGAUUUCAGGGAUUGGCAUUUUUAAAAAAAGGAAAGUUUAACCUAAAAUGCAAAAACAAAUCGAUUUACCACUUCCAGCACGAUAAGUCUUUGAAUUUCGCAAUUCUUUGUUUUACGUUGUCUACUGAUGCAGGCAUCUAACCUAAACACUCUUUAAUGUUUUCCUGUAAUUUCAUUGCAAGCCCUAAAAUAUUUUGUAAGCUGAUAGAACAUGUAAAAGACCCGGUCCAAAAGGUAUCAAAGUUAUUACUUUAAGUUGUCACAUUUAAAACCCUUCAAAUAAAUAUCUAUAAUUAUAUUUGACGUAUACUUGACGAAGAGAUUUUGAGAACGGAAUGGCAUUUUUUAGUCAAACAUAACACAAUAAAAUUAUACGAGGUGAAAUUUUGUAAGAAAUACUUGCUGUCUAAAACGUCAGAAUUCUACAUAAAUAAGGGCUCAAAAUAUUUCAACUUAAACAAUAUAACAAUGAAACUUAACUGAAGUUUUUUUGUGUUUUUUUUUUUAAUUAGUAAUAAUUUUACCUAAAAGAACGCAAGCAAUUUCAAUAAAACCUGCUCUUUAGAAUUGGUUUUUUAUUUCUCUCGUACCCAUUAUUUAUUCCCUUUGGAAUUCUAUUUCACGUAUUCAUCAAUUAAUUUUGUGUAAUAUAUUUUUUUUCUAAAAUUUUCCAUUAGCACACUUGCAAGGUCAAACGAUCAACCAUUUAAAGUACAUCAUAGAGAAGGCAAACAGAGAGUGUGCAAUCGGCCACGUUAGCCAUGGUGAUAAAGUUGUGUUGACAUGUCAGAUUGAUUGUUCUCAAUCGCAGGUUAAAGAUGGCAGAUACAUCGAGUUUCGUAAGUGGAGUGAAGCUGAUAAAAAAUUCAUUAAUGUGAGUUUGACUGUGUUUUGGUAACAAUUAAUAUAAAUUUAAUAUUAAACGGACACAUUAAAUAUCGCAAGUUCCUGAAUUUUCUACUCAUAAGAAAGCAUUUUUAAAAAUACAGUACUUUUAAUAAAGUGUUUUAACAAGGCCACCAUUUAUAGAGAUCAACAUAAAAAUAACUUAUCAUAAUUAUAUUAAAUAGAAAAAACAACAACCUGCAAUAGCUUUGGAAUUUCAGAACAUUAUUAAGAUGUUUUGACAGGCAUUUUUCAAACUUUAAUUAAUACACGCCAUAAUUUAACAAUUUACAAUAGGGAUGUGUUUUCCACAUAUUUCUUUUUUUAAAUAUUAACUGAUAAGUUUAAAGAGGGCCUCCUAAUGCAAAACAAAAUACGCCACGUGUUUUAUGUGGUGUAGAUAGAUAUUCUUUAGUUAAAAUUAAAACGCCAACCUAUAAACCGACCGAAAGUAUUUUUCUCAUUUCGGCAAAAACCAAAACAAGGCUUGAAGUUAAAAAUAACUUUCAUCCGAAACCGAAGCCGAAACCUAAACGAAACCAAAAGCUUAACCAGACUUACGGUUCAAACUGAAGUCGAAACCAAAAGCUCAGCCGAGUCUUACGGUUCAAACUGAAGUCGAAACCAAAAGCUCAGCCGAGUCUUACGGUUCAAACUGAAGUCGAAACCAAAAGCUCAACCGAGACUUACGGUUCAAACUGAAGUCGAAACCAAAAGCUCAACCGAGACUUACGGUCGAAACCGAAGCCGUAACCUUCAUCUUAAAUAUCUUUAAAUUCGUUCACGCAUAAAUUCUACAUGCAUCGAACAAUGAAGAGGGGACGUAGCAAUAUUCACAUUCUUUGCACAUAAAAUUAGAUCAUCGUGACUAUGAAUCAAUAAAUAUUUAUGAAUACUUGAACUUUCAUCAUUUUAAUUUAAAAUUUUAAAUUUCUGAAAUAUUUUUUAAAGUAGUAUGGUAAGAGAAAAUUGGAUGGGGUUGGAGGGGGGUGUCAAAUUUCAUGCAAAACAGACCCUUUGCUUUUAUAAUUUAAUAACAACCUAGAAAAUAUACCUACCAUAAUUAGAGCCAAUUGUCAUCUAAAAAUCAGUUAUUAAGAAUAUAAAAAAUAUCACCAUAAUGUUUGAUGUUUCGUGGCUAUCUUCAAACUAAUGAUGUGUGUUUUCAUAAAUAGCUGGCAAGAUAUAUCAUCACUCUAUUUGUAUUUAGCCUAUUACCAACACAUUAGUCUUUGGAGACGUAAUUUUUUUUUGUCCGGUAAUUAACCUUCCUCAGCCUCAUUCGUGGGGAAAUUUAUUUUGUUAAACAAUGUCUGACGGCUCAUUAAGGAAGAAUAGCAAAGCCAUCUCACAAUCGUAAAUGGGUGGCCAACAUCAUAAAAGUAAACAGGUCUUCAGUAGGCCUACUACAUAAUUAUAUAACGAGCCAGCGAUACAUGCAAAAAGUUUUAUUCCGUCAAUAACAAUGUUAAUGAGCAUGAUGAUGAUGCAUUUCACAAAAUGAAUCAAUUGAAAAAGCGUAACUUUCCUUAAUGUUAUUUUAAAAUAAUAAAAAUAAUAAUGGAAAUAUUACCAUGCCCAAGGAUUUUAAAAAUAUUAUUCACCUUUUCCUAUGAGAAAAAUAAUAAGCAUGAUAAUGAAAAAAUCGAAAUAAGUAUCAAAAAAUGAAUGAAUUGAAUAAACCUCCCAACGUUCCGAAUUGUAUUUUUGAAAAAACUUAAAACAAAAAUAAUGAUAUCAAUAUUACCAAUUCAUUAGUUUUUCUACUUAAAACUCUUACUUUUGUCAAGGCUAAAUCGACAUUUAAUUGUUUAAAAUAGAAGACAAGUAGGUCACCAUGCAACUGUGAGCAGAAAAAAAACUGGCUACACUUUGAAUAAACUUUUAUAUGCUAGUUGUAUCUCUUUAGCUCAUAGUAAGAACCUUCGAGAAGAGCUCCGGGAACCUAAAAAAAAACAUUUUGAUUUUGAUCAUCAAGGUUAUCACAGGCACUUCACACAGACAUCAAUUUAAAUGUGUUAAAGCAUCCUUAUGCACAUUUAAUUAAAUAACUUCUUAUGCCAUAGUAAAUAGUGCAAUUUAAGUAUAGAACGUUCUGGAAUAUUGCAAAAUACUUUUUGAUACCCUAGUGAAAUUGUAAAAAAAGUUCAUUGGUUCUAUAGGUCAAUUACAAUCCACCUCCCCCUUAAAUAAAUUGUAGAAACCUAUAUUUUUUUUUUUAAUUCUACAAAUGUUCACACAUUCCCCCCCCCCCCCCCCCUGUGGGUCAAGAUGUUUUCACAUUAUUCCAAUCCGGUCACUUCAUGUAUCCUCUACAGCUGUAUAAACAAUUUGUAUUUUACACACAUUGUGCUCUAGUGUUUUGAAAAUGUAUUUCUAGUGUUUGUACACAUACGUUUCUUGCCAUGCGGAAGAACUGAGAAGGAUUGUGAUACAAAUAAAAUACUGACCAUUUGGAUAACGAUGUUUCGAAGAAUUUCCUCUCGGAAAAUUGACGCUCCACUGUAAUAACAAAAUCGUAUCUUAAAUAAUGUGCAGAUACUGAAUACCGUACAGAUAGUGAACUAAAAAUAAAAACUUUAGAAUACAAUUUUUGAUGGUACAAUAUGAAACUGUGCGACAAGUUAAGGUAGUAAAACUGUGCUGCAUGACAAGGGUUAACAAGGAUUGAAAUAUUUGCCUUGCCCAUUCUGCGUUAUGAAGGUUUGUUUAUACAACUGUUUGCAGCAUCAAUCAAUCCACCAAUAAACUGUUUGCAGCAUCAAUCAAUCCACCAAUCAACUGUUUGCAGCAUCAAUCAAUCCACCAAUCAACUGUUUGCAGCAUCAAUCAAUCCACCAAUCAACUGUUUGCAGCAUCAAUCAAUCCACCAAUUAACUGUUUGCAGCAUCAAUCAAUCCACCAAUCAACUGUUUGCAGCAUCAAUCAAUCAGCCAAUCAACUGUUUGCAGCAUCAAUCAAUCAACCAAUCAACUGUUUGCAGCAUCAAUCAAUCCACCAAUCAGCCAAUGAUACAGUGGGCGGGCUGCCUAAGCGGCGGAGUGUCCGCUAUUCGGGUUUAGGGAAUAAAGGUUACGCUGGGGAUGGCUAAAUGAUCUCCGGCUCGACGGUUUGCAGUUUUUCUUAAGAUAUUAGUUGCGAAUGCUAACAAACUUCAAACAAACAAAGAAACACACCCAAAAAUCAUAGUGUUACUUUAAUAAAAAAUUGAAGCUGAGUCGUGGUGACUGACAUUUUUCAUUGAUUUUUAGAACUCCAAGAAAUGUGCCCUGAGAACUAUGGCUUUAAUUGGGUCUUAUAAAUCUCAAAUCCCUUUUUGUAUUUCCCCAGGCAACAACAGCACACAAAUUAACACAUACAAUAUUUUUUGUCCAUCAGCUCUAUUCUACCACCCCCCGUCUUUGGUAACACCCACUUUAGGAACCACUUAAUAGAUCAUUAGUAUAUCAUCAACACUUCUUGAGAAUGAGUUUUGAAUUAGCAAGUUUUUAUUUAACACUAAACAGUUUUGAAUAAACCCUCAAGAUGGAGAUUAAAAUCCCUAAGAAAGAAUAGCAACUUCAUCACGUCUGCAUAGCUAAAAUCAUCGGCAUGGGUUUUCCGCCAACGAAACCAUAUAUCCAUUCACGGCAAAAAGUAAGAAUGUUGUAGCGUUACUACUACCGUUGCGUUGGGUGUUUAACGGUCGGCCGGGUUGUUUUUCUUCGGGUGGACAGGUCCGCCAUGCCACGAAGAUACAAACCCAUGUGGACGUCCCAAAAUUUCCUCGGACACGCUUCCGCUCUCGCUGAACGAUCAGAUUGAUACAAAAUUAACGAUAGUAAUUAGUCGACUGAAGCGGUGCGUUGUCUCAGUGAGCCUCCAAGAGUAAGGAGUGCGUGUCGUUGGGCACAAAUCCAAACCGUGAUUCUGACUGUGACAUACGUAUUUGAUACUAAAUUUUUUUUUUAAUAAAGUGAGGUACAAUACGGGAGAAGAGAUGCUUAACAUUUCAGGAUAUUUUCUAAACCUAAGAAAGGUUAUAGUAUUUAAUUUAAGAGAAUUUAAGACUUUCUUUAUUUCAAAUUAACCAUAAUGCUGACAACUUUUAUCUUAUUCACAAAAAAAAUACAUUAACAUGUGUUUCAUUUCUUUAACAUCAAAGCACAAUUUGCAUUCAUCAGAAUAAGAAAAAUAUUAAAUUUAAAAAAAAAUAUAUUAAAGGUUAAAUUCUUUUUUUUGUGUUAAAAAAUGACACAACUCAAAGAUAUAAAAAAUUUAAAUCUCACUUUAAAUUCCAUUCAGAUUGAGAAAGUUCUCAUCGACCCAAAGAAAUGUAACAGCACAAUAAAAGUACCUGCAUCCACUGAACUAAGUGGUUUAAAACUACAAGCCUGCUUGUUAGGAGAAGAAGAUCAACCAGAAUAUUGCUCGCAUGAUAUUGAUUACCCAGUUGUGGACGGUAAUAUAUUGAAUACCACAAAUGCCAUAAAAUUAUGCCAUUUUUUAUCAAUAUACUGAGUGAAUAAAACAAACCUUUUAUUAAAUUUUUUACAGUUUUGCGACGGACAGAGAGCAUUUAAAAAUUACAACUAAUUACAAUUUCAUUGCAGAAAAAGUCAUAGUAAAAUAACUUUAGGUUUCUAGUGCAAUUAAUGAACAGUUCAAACCCACUGUGGGCUUGUUUAGCCAGAUUAAGCUUGAAGUUAAUUUUUAUUUAAAUAGUAACCAAAAGUCUUAGCAGUACUGUAUCAUUAUAAUAAUAUUAUUUUAUUAACACGUUACAUUCAUGUACAUUUCAAACCAUUCUUUUCCUGUGUUAACAGAUACGUGCCCAGACAACACUAAAAGCGAUCAUAACAAUGACUUACAAAUUGGAAUAGGUAAGGUCAAUUAUUUUAUAAUAGAUCACCAAAAUAGAAAAUUUGCUGUUAACAUAUUUUUUGGGGUAGCCGAACGCGUGGAAUUUUUCGGGAGGAACAGCUAAAAUCUGUUGUUGAAAACUGACUAAAAGACAGGCCUUCAUGAAGGUCAAAGAACAACAACAUUAGUGUAAAUUUUAUAAUAGACUGAUGCUGUAUGUUAUGGACGUAGCGAGACGUUACGAUGGAAUCACCGGUAAAAUGUUUGUGAAGGCUGAAGUAGAAAAGUAUCAGAAGUGUUUUUUUGGGGAGGAAUAAUGUAUUAAUACUUUCUGAAUCUGACAUUGAACGUGACACUUCUUCAAUGUUCUUAAAAGUAAAAGCAGUUUGUAAGUGAGUAACUAACUAUUAACACUUGACAUGUUGUUAAAAAAUUAAAAAGAAAUAGUCUCAACUGAUGUAUAUCAGAAAUAUGUAACAUUAAGAUUUUAAUUAAAUUGAUUAAUUUUAUAAUCAUGACUGUUACGCACUGACUAGUAUUGGGAGAAAUUAAUCUCCUAUUUUAAUUUUAAUUGGCUCGUUGUAAACAGUGCCUAACAAAGGACGAUACCAUAGAAUCAACAAUAUUAAAGAUACGACCCAAAACAGUUUCUAGUUACAAUUAAUAAGAUUUAUUAAGUCUAAAGAUAAUUAUAAAAGAAAAGAAAAUAUAAUGACAAUCUUUAACUUACAGUAUGGUAGAUCUCGUACCGGUACACAGUUAACACAGUUAGAAUAAUGUGCCAAUGAGUAAUGAUAAAUAAACACAUAUGAGCACACAAAUACACAAAGAAUAAAACACGCCUCGUAAUGUUAAUAAAAUCUAUCUAAAUCACCGUCCCUCCGUCCGUGCCUGUCAAUCCCUUAUAUAGGUCGCGUAAGCCCUGCCUCCCAGAAAACGUAUGACGUUUCUAGAAAAAAUCAGAUUCAUUCUACAAAAUACUACUUGGAACAGAUUAAUUAUUUUUAAUAGCUGGCGGAAUAAACAGGAAUAGAUCAAAGGACUAAGCCACACCCGUUUGUGAACACAGCGUCUCAUGCGGGGUCAAUCAUAGGGCACGCACGAGAAAAAAUAUGUUAACAAGCUCUCUAUAACAAUGACACAGUAGUAUUUCUGAGGUUAUUUUAAAGCUCUGAUAAUAUCGGGAUUUAAAAAAAAAAUAGCAUAUAAAAUUGAUCACAUGAAGCAAUGAAAUUGUAUUUGACAACCAGCAAAUGGUUCUAUGUAUUGACUUUCAAUUGUGAUUUAUCUGGUGUCCACAUGUUGUUUUAAUCAGAACAAACACUCUAAUUGAGGGAUCAUUGUCACUGCCUAUGAAAUACUACGUAGUUCGUCGGAAAAUACUAUAGGCCUUGACAUUUUCUGAAUUUUUGCAGACGCCUUGACAGGCGAUGCCAAAUAGGGACUCACCUGGGGAAACCAGAAUGUCUGGUCAUCGUAAGAAAAUUGAAAAGAAAAGCUUAAAUGUAAAAAUAAAUGGACUUUAUGCAGUUUAAAAAUUUAUAAUUUUGGCAUGUUUUGAAUACCUUCAAAAGACAAUGUUGCUUCCUUGAUUUUUAUUUACCCUAUUGUUCUUUGAUAAAAAAUUGAAAUAAACUUUGAAAAAAAAAAUUAUGAUAACACAUUUUCUACUCAUUAGGAACAGCCGCCAUCGUAGUGACAAUCGUGAUAGUAGUGUCCCUAUGUGUGCGAUGGAAAAAAGACAAGUAAGAUUUAUUGAUUGUUGAAGAACUAUAAAAUUAAUCUAUAAAUUCUGGCUAUACCCUACUCACUAGAGCAGCUGUGGGUGGCAUCUCGUUUGGGGGUCGAACGACCCUUUCACAGGUUUCCCAAAAGACUAUCGGAAAACACAUUUACUCCACAGUUAUGAAGUAGCAACGAAAAUAAUUUUGCAUUUGGGGGUCGCAAAAACAUGAGGAAUUAUAUUCAAAGGUCAUUUUAUCAAGAAGUUUGAGAACCACUGCACUGUCGGUAAGCUGGUUAUGCAAUGUGAGCGACUGAAACGCAAACUAAAAAAAUAUAACACCUUACCUACAAACAAUUGUUUAAUAUUGUUUUGACAUUUCACUAAAUAAAACGGCCACUUCGUUAAUUACGGUGCAUGCCAUGACUUUAACUCUUUCUUUCCCAUCAAAGGACUUACACUCUUUAAAUCAUUUAUCAUUUAGCCUAUAUGAUAAAAAUAUAUGUUAUUAAACUACAUUGAAUAAUGUACUUCUUUACUUAAAUAGUAUUGCUUGUUAUUUUUUGGAUAAGAUUUGUUUUGUCAACUGUGUCUCAUGUUGAAAUUAAUUACCAUUGUUCAUUUUAUUCAUUUACCAGUUUUAUAUUUUUUCAAUUAAACGACUUAAAACUACAAAAUUCAAUCGAAAGGGGUAAUAUUUAAAAUUUAAUAAUCUUAUAAAAUUUAAAAAAACAUGUAGUUCAAAUAUAAAAGGCGUAAUUUGUGCUUAUCAAUGAAUCCUUAACAAAUUUAAAGGAGACAUAUUACAAUAAUUUUUUUUAAAGUUAAUAAAGUAAAAACUACUGCAUGUUUGUAAUUAUAUGCCAUGACAUAAUAAAUUUUAAAAAAAGAAGAAGAAAAAUAGAGGUAUUAUUUUCAUUAUCUAGGAAACCACACAGUAUUUCAAACACCUCCACUUGAGACAAGUAUAUUUCACAAUUUGGUUUGAGUAUCUUUUUUCCCUAAUUAUAAACACAACAAAUGAAAUUAAAAUAUGUAUUGCAAGUUCUUCAUUUUUUUGUGGGAAAAUUAUUUAUCAGUUUUUUUUCCCUUAAAUUUGCACUUUUAACAACUAUUUCUUAUUUCGUAAAUUGUUUUUAGGCUACACUGUUGGGUAAGUUUUAAAAUAAAUCAUCUUAUUAUUAAUGGCCAACUCAUCGUUGAUUUUAAGUAAAGCAUGUUAUAAUAAUAUGACGAACUCAUUGAUGAAUAAAUUAAAUAAUCUUAUACACGUAUGACCGAAUCAUUGUUUAAUAAAAUACUUAUAUGAUCGAUAUACGAUCGAUAUACGAUCGAUAUCCCCAAAAAAUGUUCAGAUCUGCACGUAUAUUCAUGAUGAUUUCUUUAUCAAUGUUAUACGCGUCUUGUUUACUUGCAUUCAUCUUUCUGAUGAAUGAACUUAAGCUGGGC